UCUUCAGUCGUCCGUCGACAAACAACGAGGUUUGGGAAGGUGAGUGAAGUCGCCGCGAGCAAAAGAGUGCGCUUGGAAGAAGAGUGGCUUUUAUUUUCAGUCGCAGUGUUUUUAUUGUGCAGCAGAAAGCAGUGAAUUUUUGAUUAAAACUCGCGAGUUGAGAAGAACAGUUUCGAGUGAGCAAGUUCAGUGAAUUGCGUUGCAAAAAGUAGCCGGAACUUGCUUCCCCCGAGUCAAAGUCUGCGAAGCAGAAGAAAAGUGAAGGAAGAAAAAAUAUAGUUGGAUUUGGGAGAAGAAAAAAACAACAUAAACAAAACAAAAAUAGGACCAACCAUCAUCAUCGUCACACACAAACAUUCAAAGCGCUAGCAGUGUCUCAUCCCCUGUGAAAAAAAGGAAAAACAGCCUACUUUUCGCGGUUGCCUGGUGCGGGAAAAUUUCGCCGAGAAAAACAUCCAAAUAAAACAAGGCAGACUGUGCGCUUGGUGUGGUGCGGAAAACGGGAGAGAAGAGAGUGAGAGCGAGCGAGCGAGCGAGAGCGAAGAACAAAACAACAACGACGAGAAGCCUACCACGACUUGCUCCGAAGAGCUCUCUGCCUGGUAUCGAUCUUUGGCCUGGUCGAUUCGAUUCGGUGCGGUGCGCGGUGUGUACUUGGUUGGCUGUUUUUCACCCCGUGAAGAGGAAGAUUCUGGUGUAUUUUUGAAGGAACUGUGCGGAAAAGUGUUGCGGGAAGGACAUUUUGGAAAGUCCUUGCAAUUUCGCAAGAAGAAAACAACUUUGGUGGAGCGCCUCUAGAACAUGCAAACGGGCAGAUUAGGUGGAAAUUAAAUCUCAAGCUAAAUCCAGACAUUUUAUCCCAAAAACUCAAAGCUUCGGCCAGUUAUGUCCAGCGGAACGACGACGACCACCACCAAGUUUCAUAUGCCACAGCCCAUCGCCACCGCCAAGGAGAUCGUCGUCGGAAUCCACAAGCCGGAGCACCAGUCGGCGACCGUCGGAAGCACGACCGGUUCCAGCAGCUCGUCCUUGAAGUACAAGGCUGGUGGAGAGAACAAUGGCACGCUGAAUGCCGGAAGUGAUUAUGUGUCUAGCAGUGGUGGAAGCAGCAGCAAAAAGAGCAACAACGGAACUUCCGAGAUGAUGUCCGAGGACGUGAAGGUGGUCAUCAAGUCAGGAGUGUCCGACGUGGUCAGUUCCGUCGAACAGGACUCGAUCGAGCAGCAAGAGCAAAGUAUUAUCGCCGCCCUGUACCAGCAGCAGCAGCAGAACCUGUCCAACAAGAAUGGCCAGCAGCAGAACCAGCGGUUAUCCUCGCAGAGGUCAUCCCCGGUUUCGUCCCCUUCGCCGCCCCUCCCACCUGCCUCGACGACGACGACGACCAAACAGCAGCUGAGCAACGGCGGCGGCGGCAAGAUGGGUGCCCCGGCGGUCGUAACGGCGUCCUCCGCCGCAGCCUCAGCCGCUGCCAACACGGCCAACUUUCACAACUUUAUCGGCCGGCUCAUCAGCAAGGACAACAUGCUGCUCAUCAGCGAGGACAUCAUCGAGGUCGGCCGGAACUCGUCCAAGUCGCAGGUGGACUUUCACGUCGGCAAGAACAGCUUCGUGUCGCGGAAGCACUUUAUCAUCCAGCACGACAUGAACGACGACUUUAAUCUGUUCUGUCUGAGCAAGAACGGCGUCUUCAUCGACAACGUGUUCCACCGGAAGUGCGCCGAGCCGUACAAGUUGCCAAAGGUCUGUAGCAUCCGCUUUCCCAGUACAAAUAUCAAGAUCCAGUUCGAGAACCUGAUCGACCAGGCCAACAACGGUGGCAUCUCGAUCGACCUGAACCAGCACACGCCCAUCAAGGUGGGCACCGGCACGGUGGGCAGCGCGGCGGCAGCAGCAGCGGCCAUCGCCGCAGCCGGAGGCAAUCUCAGCUCCGCAGGUGGAGGAGGAGGAGGAGGCGGCGGUCAAAAGUCACCUCCGUCGCCGAAUGUGGUCUACUCGCCGCUCAAGAUCUCCAUCCCGGAACAGGCGACGUCCGGCGGCAAUCCGAAUUUGGCCGUGGAAAUCCGGGGUCACCAUCCGGGUGCCCUGCGGGAUGUGCACGUGGGCGGUAGCGGGUAUCCGUCGCCGACGGGGACCAUCAGUGCGGCCAACAGCUGUCCGACGAGUCCCCGGCAGAACGCCACCCACGAGUUCCCGCAGUAUAGUCACAAUAGUCAUAGUAGCAACAACAAUAACUACUCCCAGGAAUUCCAAGCACCCGCAUCUCAGUCGACGGCCGGCGGCGCUGACGGUGACAAACCGCCGUACAGCUACGCCCAGCUGAUCGUGCAAGCCAUCUCGGCCUCGCCGGAAAAGCAACUCACGCUGUCCGGCAUCUACUCGUUCAUAUCGAAGAACUAUCCCUACUACCGGACCGGUGCCAACAAGGGCUGGCAGAACUCGAUCCGCCACAAUCUCAGCUUGAACCGAUACUUUAUCAAGGUGCCGCGGUCCCAGGACGAGCCGGGCAAGGGCAGCUUCUGGCGGAUAGAUCCGUCCAGCGAGCUGAAGCUGAUCGACCAGAGCUACCGGAAGCGACGCCAGCGGGGUUCGCAGUGCUUCCGGACGCCCUUUGGGAUGCCCCGGUCGGCGCCGGUUUCGCCCAGCUACAUGGACAACUCGCGCGAGGGUUCACCGAUCAACGAUGAGCUGUUGCUGUCGGCGCCGGGUUCGCCCGGAUCGCAACAGCACCAGCAGCAGCACCAGAACCAGAGUGCCAACAAUAGCGGCGUGAACGUGAGCUACGGUUCGAGUAAUCAUGAUGCGUCCUACCAGCACCAGUACAGCUCGUACGCGGGCGGGGAAGUGUACGAGGAGGACGACCAGGUCGAGUACGACAGCGACGAGUACGAAACCGUGCCGACGCCGGUCAAGCGCCAAAAGAUCUAAAGCGUCGUCGUCACGCGGCCAUGAUGAACCACGCGUCCCCACCCCCGCCACGAAAAAAAAAUCCCACGGUAAUUUUCACGUGCACACAAAUUCACACAAGCACACUGCAAUUUUUAACAACAACUCUUGAUGGUCUCUUCACGUUCGUUGUUUACAACUACCCUUUAACAAAGCAAAAGCCGAUGAUAAACAUUGAUUGAUGGUGACUUGUUUGAUCGUGUUUUUUCGAGAGAGAGUGUGUAAACAGGUUUGCACAUGAUUUCUGCACACACACAAAGCCACAUAAGUACACGGUAGCAAAUAAACACACUCAUCUAAUGUUGUUCUUACUUUCCUUCACACGUGCAACUUUCAUCAAAACAGCAACACAAAAAUCAUACACUGAGAGAAAAAAAAAUAGGACGGAAGUAGAUUAGAGGGGGAAAUCACGGAAAAAAGGAAAGGCAAAUGAAUCCAAAAUAUUACAAUUUAUAUAAUUAUAUAUAUAUGGAAGCAAGUAAGAGGAUCGUCUGACCGCAGAGAAGCAGGAAAGAAAACCCUACAUUUAAACAAAAACAAAACAAACAACUUCUAGUUAUAAUAAUGGAUGUGAGAAAAAUAAAAAAUAUACAAAUUUAAAAGUAAAUUAAUUUAAAACAAACCAACCAACAAAACUCUGAGCAAAUGAGAUAAAACAAGUAUUUAGUGUUUAGUGAAAUGUCUCUUUUAUUGAAAAGGUAAAAUUAUACAUACAAACCGCGUAAAUAAAACAAAAAAGUGGAAAAUGGGAAGAAAACACGGAAAAAAAACUUUGCAAUUUGACACCCCCCUUAAAAACAAAAAAAAACAACAGCCACUGAGCAAAAAAAAGGCGAAGAAGAAGAAAAACCACAGUAGACUAGGGCAAAUGAA